GUUCGACUACGUGUUAAAAGCCAUUGCCAUUUGAGCGUAUGAGCGCUUGGUUAAAUGCAGCGUGCAUACCGUAUUUUUAGCAUAUUGCCACAGGCAGGCGGAGCUAAGGAGGCUGAGAUGGAGGGAUGCUGCUGAAUAGCAGGUGGAGACCGCGGAUGUUUACGGCGUGCACUUUUGCCAAGGGAGGAUCGAGACUCAGAGGGAGCCGGAUAGGGGAUUGUCAGGAGAUACUACAUUUCACACUGCGGACGGUUUAGUAGUAUUUCUUUGUGAUCUCGCAGAGCACAGAUUGAGCGCUGCUCCCCGCUGCUCGGUGGACCGACAGGCUGUGAAAAAAGGCUGCGUGUCGCUGUCGCGUCGCGGGAGGCUGCGACGAUGUGAAGCUCCAUCGUUGGGUCGACGGCCGCAGCCUUUCCCCUUGGAACCUGAUAUUAUUAUGCAGGGAGCAAUAAGGGACACUGGACGGAUUAAAGGGGAACACAGCAGCGGUUUAGAAAACCUUUUACAAACUGGCAGCAUUAGCCAACUAUGGUCGACCCCUCGGAGGCUGAGGAGCAGAACAAGUGCAAGGGCCCGCACCUCGACACGUCAGCCGUGGCCACUGAAGUACCUCGACUGCCAGAACAGGCCGAGGGUGCGACGACAGAGGAGGAUGGGGAUGCCGGAUUCGAGACGCCGCCCUCCCGCAGUCCUGAGCCGAGCCCCUGCCACGCCGCAUCCCCGGCGGGGCCAGACGCCCCACCUGAGCAACCACAGACUCAGACCGACAGAGCUCCGUCACCAAAAUUGCACCUGAACCUGUACAAUUUUGACUCACCAGCCGCGGAGGGUAGCCGCUACGUGUUGACGAGCCCUCAUUCUCUGGAGGCGUGUGCUCGAUGUGGGGUCAAACCCGUAGAGCUCCUGCCCCGUCCGCUGGCCGACUUUGCCCGGGAGGCUCCCGGCCGCUCCAUGCGCGUUGCGACAGGACUGUUUGAAGUCUACGAGAAGGACAGGCACGCCAAACUCAGGCAGUGCAGGGAGGAGAGGGAGAGGAUCGUCCGAGAUGAAAAAAGAAGGAUCCUGCAGGCGACGGUCAAUACCGGCAGCAGUGCGUCACCCUCCUCUGCGGAGCAGCAGCAGCAGCAGCACAAAGCCUCCCCUGGCUCCGCUCAGCCUCCUAAAUCUGGGCCGGUGACCUCCAGCGCAGCCCCUGAUUUCGGAGCGUCCUCUAGAGCCACGGCACCAGGUCCAACCUCUAAAACAGGCACAGCUCUUUUAUCUAAAGCUCCCAGCUCCAGUAGCUCCCCUAAAUCUCAGUCCUCAAAAUCUGCUUCCACAACCUCUACACCAUCCUCCAAGGGUGGUUUCCAAGGAUCGGCCAAGCAUCCUUUGUCCUCCCCAUCUGAGCAAUCAAAGACCACACGGCCGCUCUCGUCGGGCCCUCCACCGGUAGUGAGGAAGUCCUCAGGCGGUAAAUCUUCAAACACUUUCCCCAGAUCGACACCAAAACCCCCCUCCUUCCCCAGAGCCAACUCUACAUUAGCGUCAUCAGGGACAAAGCCUGCAGUUAAGAGCUCUGGGACGCCUCUGAAUGGCAUUACAGGAGCACAGUUCUCUCAGCACAAUGGACAUCUCGGCCUUCACUCCAAGGUGCAAGGAAAAAGCCAUUCGCUGGAGUCCUUGCAGCGGAGGAAGGAUCCCGUCUGCUCUUCCACCUCCACCACCACAACUACUACUACAUGCACCUCGUCAGAGUCUGGUGCUUCCUCUUCGUACAGCUGGGACGGUCCACGAGAUCACUGGGCCAAAUCCUCCAGUCCUCGAGCUCGCACCAUGGCCACUUUCAACUCCCUGAUGGGCCGCAGCCUCAGCCUCGGCGACCUGAGCCACUCCCUUCAGACGACGCAGAAGGUCGAGCGCAUAGUGAAGGAGGUGAAGCGGCGGGGCCUGAAGGCCGUGUCCGAGCGCGACCGCAAGAUCGCGGCGCUGAUGCUCGCCAGAUACCAGGAGGAAGACAUCAUGAGUCAGACUCGCUACGUGGCUCACCUGCAGUGGGACAGCGAGCGCCGAAUGGACGAGCUACGUCGGGAACAGGAGGACCGGGAGAAGCAGCGCGCGGUGCUUCAGUGCCAGCGGGUGUGGCAGACCAAGGUGACGACGCGCCAGCGAAGACUCAGCCAGCAGGAGCGGCAGUCGACGGCCGCCAGAAUGCGGCAGGCUGAGGAAAGCGAGGAGCGGUGGAGGGAGCUCUCGGAGCAGCAGGAGCGCAACCGCCUGCUGAGGUUGCAGCAGGCGGCGCGAGAGGAGAAGCACAAGAAAGCCCUGCAGGAGCAGAACCUGAAGGCCCUGGAGGAGGAGAGGGCGGCCAUGCUGGAGCAGGAGAGGCUGCUGCUGAAGGAGAAACUCACCAUGGCCGAGCUGAAGAGGCAAGAGAAGGAGCACCAGAGCCAGGAGGAGAGGCGGGGUCUGAACAAGGCGGAGAAGAGACGCCACGCGGCCCUGAUCCAGGAGAUCGCCCGCAGAGAGCAGGAGGAGAGGGAGGAGGCCCGGAGGGCCGCGGAGGAGAAGCUCAGCCGCUCCCUGGAGAAUUACGAGCAGAUAGUCGAGCGCCGGGGGCAGGAGCUGAAGGAAAAGGCCAAGCGCGAGGAGAAGCAGAUCCAGAAAGCGCGCAAAGCGGCGGAGAAGCGCGAGAGGCAGCAGCAGCAGCUCCUGGAGGCUCGCGCGAAGGAGGCGGAGAAACGAGCCCAGCAGGCGGCUCUGGUGGCCGAGGAGAGGGCCAAAGAGAAGGCCCAGCGGGCCGUCCAGAGCCGGCAGGAGAAGGAGAAACUGCAGAAGCUCAACAGGCAGCGAGUGGAAGAGGAGGAGAAGCAGAGGCGCCUGGAGCUGCUGCAGUCCAUCGAGAGGAAGCUGGAGAAGAGCGAGCAGAUCUUCAAGGAAAAGCGGGCGGUGCUGGAGAGCGCUCGCUCGGUGGCCCAAGCCUCUUUUCACGUACGAGACAAAGUGCGGGAGGAGACCAACAUGCGCACGUUUGAUAAAAUGGCCCUCGAGGCUCAACUCAAGGCCAGCCUGAACGAGAAAUAAACUCACGGGCUUCGUUUUGAACCGCGCACUUCCGGUCAUGUGCUUGGCUCUCGCCUUCAUUAUGGCCCUCAUCACUCAACAGCUUUACCCUCCUUCCCAUAAAGAGCCACAGUGCUUUUUUUUUUUCCCCCUUACAUAUCUUCACCCAUCAGCUGAUUCGUUUACAUUUUUGACCAUCCGUUUUUAAUUAUAGAUCCUUUCAAAGCAAACCAAAUGGUUUUGUACCGUGGAUAUAAUGAGGCUACAAUCUUCAUCAGCUGUUCUGAAUGAACAGUAGAGCCUGCAAGGCAAGUACAUUGGGCUUCAUAUUAGAUUAGAGUGUGGAGAGAGCUGCCUUGUGCAGACACACAACCCCUCCUCUCUCUCUUUCUCUUUGCCCUCUACUCUACUCGAUCUUGGCUGCUGGACUGAAAGCUGUGCUGGAAUGAAAAGAGUUAUUGUUUACCAGGAAGCACAACUCCAUGACAACUGCAGAGGCUUUUUACAGGAGCACUCCUGUAAGGGUAAAUGAAGCGCAAAUGGUUCUAGACCCCCCACCCCCCAAAGCAAAGGAGGGAUGCUUUUGUACACACACUGUGACACAGCUAGAUAUAGCAUGGAAGUAAAGCUCCGGGCUGGACACUGGUCAGUACCUAACCGCUGACAAUGCAGCACGGGAGGGCCGUGCGCACGAGCCCCCGUGCUGAUGAAGCACCAGAGGACGUUGAUUCCUGCAGCAGUUGAUUCUGUCUUUUUCCCUUCAAGGACUCCCUCAGUCUCACCUCUCCAUGUCAGAUUGCAAUAGCGCUCUGAGAGACAGCCACCUUUUAUUCCCCAAAAAGUCGGCCUGCUCCCAACACAGCCGCCUGCCGACCUGAGUCAACAGGUCCUGGUGAUGAACGAGAGCUGGAGAUGUAACCUAUAAUGGUCCUCCUUUCUUCCCACACUGAACGUCACCCAAGUCUGCUCAGAUGGAAAUACAAACAUAUCUUUUCCUUUUUAAACUAGUGCUAGUGCCAUCUUCUGAGCUGCUGAGAAGGAACCCAGAUAUGACAUGUAAAUGAAAUGACAUGUACAAGGUUCAAACAGCUUUAUUCACAUCAAGGCAUGUUGUUCAGUCCAUAAUAUGUUCCCUCUUGACUUCUCUCAACAUGUGGGCUUCUUUUUUGUAUCAUUUCUGGUAAGUUAUCAUUUGUGCAUUAUCAUAAAAUGCUUGUUUCAAUUAUUUACAUAGAGUUGCUUUGUCAAGGACAGAUUUCGGAUGUAGCAAUAAUGAAAUGGUCAAGGUCACUAUCACACACAUCUGUGAGUUCAUUGUUUUUCUAAAACAUCUGUUAAAGGUCCCAUGGCAUGAAAAUUUCACUGUAUGAGGUUUUUUAACAUUAAUAUGUGUUCCCCCAGCCUGCCUAUGGUCCCCCAGUGGCUAGAAAUGGUGAUAGGUGUAAAC